AUGUUUCCAACGGCGCAUUGCCAAGUUAGGGCUGCUAAGAUAGACUCGAAUUCUGGCAGAAAUCUGCUUGCCAGAGUGAGGGAACACAACUAUGUGAACAAGGUGGAUCUUCUGGCUCCCAAGACUUCCCAAGGUGCGGUGCAAAGUUUACCACUCUCCAAGAUGGUGUGUUACAAGGUGCGGACAAAGCUGCAAACCUUUAUUUCGCGAAAGUUCCUGGACGGUUUGUGUCAAGAGGACCUUCUAGAUGGACUCACUGUUGUUUCUCUCUCCUCCAUCCAAUACGAAGACAGUUUUUCAGUUCACAGUGGUACUUUAUAUGUGACAUUGUGCUCGGAGAGCUACUAUAAACUGGGGCUCAAUGGUGAACAGUCGAAGGCAUUUUCCGACAAGAAAAGGGCCAAAAUGUUUAGGUUGCAGUUCAAACUGUCGGAAUUUCUAAAGAAGGACAAAGAAGUGCCGCAUGACCAUCUCAAGUUUCUAUGGUUUGCAGAGAAGAUAUACGAUAGGGAUAUCGAACUCGUUGUUUCCUUGCGUUCUCAGUCGGAAAUAUUGACGAAGACCUUUGAAAAAGUCAUUCCGGCUACUCUGACCGAGGCGCACACAGACUUGGUCAACUUGUGUCAUCCAGACUUAUUGUCUCCUCUGCAAGACGAGUCCUGGGCCGAAGAAACACUCGAAUGGAUCACGUAUGCCUCAAUCCACGGAAAACAGCUAUAUCAUCCCGAAGACCCAUACCUGUCAUCCUACAGGCUUUCUGGUAAUUUUGUUGAAGAUUCCACAGUUGAUGUCUCGAUAACCAGCUGGUCUGGUGCAUUGUUUCCCAAGGGACUGGUAUCUGACAACGUAGUGAGACAGGUGGUUGAAGGUUCCUAUCCUUGGGCUGCCCUGGUAAUAUACGGAGUGAAAGAUGCGAACACAGCAUACAAGUCGGUGGAGCAUGUGUAUUACGAGAAUGGCGAAAAUGUUUUUGUUCUAUUGAAGAGUGGAGAAUGGAUAGUGGUGUGGGAGAUCUUUGGAGGUGGUGAUUCUGUUUGA